GGAUAGAAAGAGAAAGAUUGAAAGGAUUCCGUGCUGGCCACCACCCAAAACAAAAAGUUAGGGCUAAAUCAAAUCGCAACUCCUUGUCUAGAAUGUCGAUGACGAGGGCGAUUGCGUCGUUCUCGCAUGCAUUAUGGACGCUGUUCGCGGUGUGUGUUUUGGUGCUCUCUUCCGGCUGCCACCCGCUUCCUGGAUUGCUACAGCCGCUGUUUGUGAUGGCCGUACCCGACUACACCCAAACGAACCGGCCCAACUACGGACUGAACGAUCCCAACGGAGCAGAUGCCCAGAGAGAAGCCGCGAGGGAAGAAGCCAACAAGCAGUACGAAUCCGCUUCGGGAGCAUACGAAUUCCUUACACGGAAGGACGAGGACGAGAAGAAAAAGAGGGCCUCGCUCACCAUAUCCAUGCGUUUCAAGUCGAACCUCGAGUUCAUCGUCGGGACCGUCGACUUUGGGCAUUCAAUCGAUCACCACCGUUAUAUGUACUACAAGGGGGUGAUUGCCAAGCCCCCACCCGAUACGUCCCAGCUGUGUACGCUGCCGGAGGAGCUCAUGGCAACUUACAGAAACGACCUAGAGAAUAUCCCCGUGGCCCUCUUGGUCGAGCUAGAAACGGGAGGAUGCGACGUGUUGACGAAGGCCAGCAACGCCCUGAGGAUCCAAAAGGAUGUCACCUCGAAUCUCAAAUACGUGCUCUUCUACAACAACGAUCGGUAUGAUCCUUCUUCCAUUGUCACGCUCUCGCUGGAUGACACUUCGCGGUCGACGUCGGCCAGAGAGCUCGCACCCCUGACAAAAUCUCCCACCCUGGCACCAAGCUUAAGUUCCUACCCGAGCAGCGCGCCGAGCACGUCUUCGAGCAACAUUCCUGCCCCAACUAGCACCGUUGCUCCGACCAACGAUCCCGCGCCAACACUGGCACCGUCGACAUCUGCACCAACGCCGCUGCUUGCACCAACCUUGAGUUCCUACCCGAGCAGUGCGUCGAGCACUUCUUCGAGCAACAUUACUGACCCAACCGCCACCCCUGCUUCGACCAGCGAUCCCGCGCCGACAGCGGCACCGUCGACAUCUGCACCAACAUCGUUUGAACCAACAAAGUACGCGCCAACGACAGACGCACCAACUGAAACCUGGUCGUCUUCGAUCUUGCCAACCAUAUGGGGAAUAACCGACGACGACUUUGACAGGAACCAAGAAACGAUCAUCGACGUCGGCAGUGACACCAACAACGACAAUGUCGAUGCUGCUCUCGAGGAGGACCUAGCAGAACAGCUGACAAUAGAACGGGAACGCCUGAAGACCGAGCUCGAAGGGAACGACUCGAUCGUCUUUGCCUCACUGCCCUUUGCUGUCGGCAGAUUAAUACUAGCAAACAUCGAAGAACAGGUGUUGCGGGGCACCUACAACGUCGGGGACACAAUAGCCAGUGCAGAGUUCCUCGAGCCCGGUUUCGAAAAAUGGAGAAUGGUAAGCACCGUGUACUUUUUUCGUACACCGCAUCGUUUCCGGGUGUUGCACAGAAUGUAGUAGUCGUUCGGACAUUGCCGUUCGGAUUCGAGGGGAAGAUGUACUCACCUCUUGUAUUUCAAUUGUUGAUCAUCACUGGCGUUAGGAUAUGCGUUUGCAAAUAAUAGAACCGCCAUCCCCGGUUCUCGGGAGCCCGAAUGACGACGACGUCGGCAACGAUGACUAUUUAACGAACAAAAACAUCGGAGGCUCCAAUUCCUAUUCGGACCGAGCCCCCAGCACGUUCAACGUGUUGAAGUACGUCCUUUUCGGGUUGCUGAUCAUCUCUCCGUGCCUGAGAGCCUUUCAUCUGUGGUGGGCCGGCGGUGGACGGAUUCGCUUCCGCCACAGCGAGGACGAAAGCAAUCGGAUCGUCGGCCUGCAAUACAUCCCCCCGAUGGACAACUGGUUCGGUCCCUACGAGCCCGUGGAAGGGGAGCGCGUCCACGGCCGGCUGACCACCGAGCAGAUCAUGGCACUCCCGGAAAUAAUAUACCAAAAGCCAAACUUUGACCACGAGGACGACGCCGCCACCGAGGCGCCGACCGAGGCCACCGACCCGAACCAUAUCUACCACGAGAGCGACGACCGGAGCGAAACCGGAGCGGAAGCCCCGGACGAAACCACGGGCGCCGCGCGUUCGAACGACCCGGACGGCGACACCGUCCGCGCCCCUUCCGAUACGAUCCCUUGCCCCGAACCCGAAAGAUUCGCGCUACCGGGAAGCCCAGAGCGGGUUGGGACGGAAACCGGCUCGCUGUCGUCGUCGUCGUCCUCAUCGGCGUCGUCGUCGCUGCCCAGCGGGCCAAGGGAGGACCUCCCCCCCGACGAGGAGCAGCCGGCCGCAGAGGCGGCCCCUCUGUCCUUUCGGACCCAGCGACGGCUGAGGGCCUUUACCACGACGACGUGCACGACGUGUUCCAUCUGCAUCGACGAAUUCGAGGUGGGCGAGAAGAUCCGACUCCUCCCCCUGUGCGGCCACGGCUUCCACACGGAGUGCAUCCUGCCGUGGCUCAGGGAGCGGCAGGGCUGCUGCCCCCUCUGCAAGAUGGAGGUCAUCGAGGAAGCCGGUGCCAACAACAGGAACAACAACAACAGCAACAACAACAAUGGUACCGACAGGGGGAACGCCGGAACCUAGCUCUUGACGCCCAAAGAGUCGCUGGGCGGUUCUGUCCUGUGCACUAUAUGUUUCGUG